AUGGAGAACAAAGGCAUGUACCUCCACACCUUCAACGAGAGGGAGAACGGCUCCAUCUUCGAGGAGCCCUUUGAGGGAAGGAGCCUUUCCAAACUGAACCUCUGUGAGGAUGGUCCUGGGAGAAGGAUGAAGACAGCAGGACGCUGUGGCAGGCUGGGCUCCUUGGCAGCACUGAAGUAUGCUGUGGUGGGACUCUACCUCCUCGUCUUCCUCAUCCUUGUUGGAGUCUUCAUCCUUGCAGUCUCCAGGCCACAGACAUCCCCCGAGGACCUGAAGGUGCUGCUGGGGAACGUCAACCACCUCAACGAGAGCUUUCGGGACAUGCAGCUGAGGCUGCUGCACCUACCUCUGAAGGGGGAUGUGCUGGAUCACAUCUGGAGGCUCCAGGACCUCCUGCAGAACCACUCGGACUCCUUGUUCCUCAUGACAGGGUCACUGCAGAAACUGGAAGGGCUUCUCUGGAGCCUGCAGACCCAGGCCAGCCAAACUGACAAGGCAGUGUCCAACCUGUGGGACAGCUUGACCCAGCAGAGCGACACAGCCCAGCAGGAGAUGUACAAGCUCUGGGUGGAAGGCAAUAGCAGCAGGCUGCUGCUGCAGCACCACGACCACCUCCUGAGCCACCUGGGCAGCAGAGUGGAGAGCCUGAGCGAGCAGGUGACAGCCGUGAGCGGGGCCGUGGACACCGUGAACAGAACCUUCUCCUACGACGUGAACAUCCACCACACCCGCAUCCAGGACCUGCAGGUGCUGAUCAGCAAUGCCACGGAGGACGCCCGGCAGAUGCGGCUCCUCCACAUCGCCAUGGAGGAGCAGCUGAAGCACGAGCUGGCCAUCCUCGGCAACGUGACCGAGGACCUGCGGCUGAAGGACUGGGAACACUCCCUGGUGCUGAAGAACAUCUCCGUGAUACGGGGGCCACCUGGACCCAAAGGAGACCAAGGAAAUGAAGGGAUGGAAGGGGAACCUGGUCUUCCUGGCCUGCCUGGGCUUCAAGGGCUGCCUGGGGAGAGAGGACCACCAGGACCACGUGGCUUGAAAGGAGACCAAGGAGACCUUGGUCCCCGAGGUCCAGUGGGGUUGCGGGGGUACAAAGGUGAACGAGGCCCGAAAGGAGAGAAAGGGGACCGAGGCGGUGGCACAGGCACAGGGAGGAUCUGGAUGGACGACGUCUCCUGCAAGGGGACAGAGGAAAGUCUUCUGCACUGCAGCUUCUCCAGCUGGGGCAAGACCAACUGUGGCCAUGCCGAGGAUGCUGGUGUGAAAUGCCUGACACCAUGA